AUGCUCGAUCUCUUCACCACCAUCUUCCUCGGCAUCUUCGUCAUUCUCGGAGAUGGGCUUCUCCAACGCAUGUACCCGCCAAAUGCAUUUCUUCUCUACGGUAUCGAUCAACCAGAAGCGAUUGUUACCGCCGAUGUAGAAUGA